AUGGUGCUCACCAUUUUUCUGAGCACAUUUUUGCUACAUUUCAUUGCUGCUGUGACUUCAGAACCGCAAUAUAUCCUAUGGAUCUCUUCUGUGAUCAAGAGCCAUUCUACAGAAAAAGCUUGUGUCCACCUUUUAAACCUUAAUGAAUCUGUAUCCUUGAGUGUUGUCUUAGAAUAUGACGGAGUCAAUGCCACUGUUUUUGACCAGUCUGUGGAGGACAACCAUUUCCAUGCUUGUGCAAAUUUCAAGGUCUCUCAGAAAUCCUCGGAACAAUUGGCUUUUGUGACAUUGCUGGCUAAGGGGAGUACUCUGGAAAUGUUUGAGAGGAGAUCUGUAGCCAUCACUUCAGAGGAGGCUGUCUCCUUUGUACAAACAGAUAAACCUAUCUAUAAGCCUGGAGAAAAUGGUGAGCCAAUAUUCUUGUUACCUUUAUACUAUACAAAAACCUUGCCCUUUGAGAAAGUGAGAGAUCCUCAAAGCAAUAGGAUUUUCCAAUGGCAAAAUGUAACUUCUCAAAAUAUUACCCAGCUUUCAUUCCAGCUGAUUUCAGAACCAAUAUUGGGAGAUUAUUCAAUUACUGUGGAACAAAACUCAGGAAAGACAGUGGUGCACCUAUUUACUGUUAAUAAAUCUGUUUUGCCCAAGUUUGAAAUUACAAUCAAUGCACCCAAAACAGUAAUUAUUUCAGAUGAUGAAUUCCAAGUGGCUGUAUGCGCUAAGUACACCUAUGGCCAACCUGUGCAAGGGAAAGUCCAAAUCCAGGUGUGCAGAAAAUUUUAUGCCUCUAUGGACUGCGAGAAAGACAAUGCCAUCUGUGAAGAGUUUAUUGCACAGUUGAUAAAAGGUUGUGCUUCUCAAAUUGUAAAUACGAAAGUCUUCCAACUCUACCGUUCUGGAUUUUUUAUGUCAUUUGAUAUCAAGGCAAUUGUUACAGAAAUUGGCACAGGUGUGCAGAUCAGUGAAAGCACCUCUGUUUCUGUCACUCAAUUGCUUGGGAGUGUGAGCUUUGAAAACAUAGACCCUUUCUAUAGAAGAGGAAUUACUUAUCUUGGAACUCUUAAAUUUUCUGGUCCAAAUGAUGUACCUAUGGUGAGCAAGUUAUUGCAAUUGGAGUUCAAUGACAAAUCAAUAGGAAAUUACACCACAGAUGAGAAUGGUGAAGCUCAGUUUUCUAUCGAUACAUCAGAUAUAUUUGAUCCAGAAUUCCGCCUGAAAGCAACAUACAUUCAACCUAAGAGCUGCUAUGGUUCCAGCUGGUUGAUGCCUGACUAUAGAGAAGCUUAUGCAUCUGUGUCACGCUUUUACUCCCGAACCAACAGCUUCCUGAAGAUUGUUCCAGAACGAACACCACUUAAGUGCAACCAACAGAAGACUGUUACUGUGCACUAUUCCCUAAACAAUGAAGCAUAUCCAAAAACUUCAAAUGUAAACUUCUUCUAUUUGGUGAGUCUCAGUAGGAACUUUGGGACAUCAUAUCAGUUGAUGACAUUUCUUUUUUACAUAGCCUGGAAUGGAAACUUCUCGUUCCCUAUCAGUGUCAGUGCUGAUCUGGCUCCUGUGGCCAUCGUGUUCGUCUACACCCUUCACCCCAGUGGAGAAAUUGUGGCCGACAGUGUCAGAUUCCAGGUUGAAAAAUGCUUUAAAAACAAGGUUAACAUAAAGUUCUCAAAGGAGAAGAGCCUGCCUGGAUCCGCUGUUAAUCUCCAUCUUCAGGCAGCCAAGGAUUCACUCUGUGCCUUGCGGGCUAUAGAUAAAAGUGUUCUUCUACUGAAGCCAGAACAACAGCUAUCAGCUGAUAGUGUAUAUAAUCUGCUUCCAUAUAUGGAACUCCAUGGUUAUUUUUAUCAAAAUCUCAACCUUGAAGAUGAGAAGCACAGCCCAUGCAUUCCUCAGAAGGAUAUGUUUUAUAAUGGUUUGUAUUAUGUGCCUGCAAGCAAUUAUGGGGAUGGAGACAUCUAUAAUAUUCUCAGGGAUAUGGGUCUGAAAGUCUUCACCAAUCUCCACUACCGGAAACCAGAAAUAUGUCCAGUGGAGACAAGGCUGCCAUGGAUCCAUAACUCAUAUCUUGGUUUAGGAGGAGGAGGAUAUGGCUAUAUGCCUAGUGGCAUUGCAUGUGGCAAGAACCUGGGGAUGAAUUAUGUGGAACAGGCUAUAACGGAAACCAUAAGAAGUAACUUCCAAGAAACCUGGAUAUGGAACCUUGUCAGAGUCAAUUCUUCAGGUUCAGCAAAUCUUUCAUUCCUCAUUCCUGAUACUAUAACCAAAUGGGAGACAGAUGGCUUCUGUGUGAAUGGUGAUGUUGGAUUUGGCAUUUCAUCCGCAGUUACUCUGGAAGUCUUUCAGAAUUUCUUUAUUGAAACUACUUUACCCUUUUCAAUGGUUCAAAAUGAACAAUCUGACUUGAUAGUCACUGCCUUCAACUAUCUGAAUACAUGUGCAGAGAUUUCUGUUUGGCUAGAAGUGUCUGAAUAUUAUGAGGCAAGUAGUAACACCCUGCCAAGCAAUGGUAAGGACAUUAUCCAAGAUGGAGAGAGGAAAACGUAUAUUUGGACUAUUAAACCUAAGAAACUGGGUAAAGUGAAUAUCACUGUAGUUGGUGAAGCCAAAUCAAGUAGUUCUUGCCCAAAUCAAUCAACUGAGCAGCAAAAUCUAAGAUGGAAAGACAUUGUGAUGAAAAGUUUAUUGGUAGAGCCUGAAGGUAUUGAGAAAGAACUGACUCAAAGUUUCCUAAUCUGUACAAAAGGUACCAAAGUCUCCAAACAGGUAGUUUUGGACUUACCUAAAAAUGUUGUACAAGGAUCUGCCAGGGCCUUUUUCACUGUUGUGGGAGAUAUUUUUGGACUUGCCAUACAGAAUCUGGAGAAUCUUGUCCAAACGUCCUAUGGAUGUGGAGAGCAGAAUAUUGCCUUACUAGCAUCUGACACCCAUGUCCUUGACUAUCUGAAAGCCACUGGACAGUUGACAGAGGAAGUCAAAUCUAAAGCUGUCUUUUUUUUAUCUAGUGGUUAUCAAAAGCAGUUGUCUUUCAAAAACUCUGAUGGCUCAUAUAAUGUGUUUUGUCAAAGCAAUCCACUAGGAAACAUAUGGCUCACUACCCUUACUUUUAAGACAUUUGAAGUAAUGAAGAAAUAUGUUUACAUUGAUGAAGAAGUUCAAAAACAAAGCUUGAUCUGGCUUUCAAGCAAACAGAAAAGUAAUGGCUGCUUUAAAAGUGAAGGCAAACUUUUCAGCAACGCCUGGGAGGGUGGAGAUGAAGAAGAUGUUUUACUCACUGCCUACAUUGUUGGAUCACUUCUUGAAGCUGGACUCAACUUCACUUUUCCUUUUCUAAGAAAUGGAUUGUUUUGCAUAGAGGAGACAUUGAAAACUGGUGUCACUAAUGGCUAUAACCAAGCAAUUCUAGCGUAUGCUUUUGCAUUAGCUGGAAAAGAGGAGCAAGUGGAAUCUUUACUCCAGAUCCUGGAUCAAUCUGCAACAAAAAUAAAUAAUAUGAUAUAUUGGGAGAAAGCAAGGAAGCCCAAGACAGAAGAACACCCCGUUUUCCUUCCCCGGACACCUUCUGCUGAGUCUGAGAAGACCUGCUAUGUGCUGUUAGCUGUCAUUUCCCAGAAAACUCCUGACCUCACCUACGCUAGUCAGAUAGUGCAGUGGCUUUCCAAGCAGAUGAAUUCCCACGGAGGUUUCUCCUCCACCCAGGACACUGCAGUCUGUCUUCUCGCCAUAACCCAUUACAUGAAGCUCACCUUCUCUAACGAUCAAAACACUGUAACCUUUAGAAUUGAAGAAUUCAGUGAGGAUUUCCAGGUUAACAGUGACAACCGCUUAUUGGUCCAACGUUCAGAACUGCCAAAAGCACAUGGACAUUACACAGUAGAUAUGGAAGGACAAGGUUGUUCAUUUGUCCAGGCCACCCUGAGGUAUAAUGUGCCUGCAUCUAAGAAGGCAUCUGGAUUUUCUCUUUCCUUGGAAAUAGUCAAGAAAAACUCUUCGGAUUCACUUCAGACUAAUUAUAACCUAACAGUGACUUUCAACUACACUGGAAUUCGCAAUGACUUCAAAAUGGUCCUUGUUGAUGUAAAAAUGCUAUCAGGGUUUACUCCAGUCAUGUCAUCUCUUGAGGAGCUGGAAAACAGUGGUCAAGUGAUGAAGACUGAAGUCCAGAAUGGUCAUGUUCUUUUCUUCUUGGAAAGUGUUUUUGGUAUAACAAAGAAUUUCACUCUCUCUGUUGAGCAGAGCAACCUUGUAUCCAACAUUCAGCCAGCCCCAGUCAUGGUCUAUGACUAUGAUGAAAAAGAUGAAUAUGCUAUUGCUUCUUAUAACAUUGCUAGCAUUUUGGUUUCCCAGUGA